AGAAGAAGCAAGAUGUCGCCGAGCAAGAACUUUCAAAUGUCUGUGUUUACAUGAAACUUUUGCGCCGAUCUUUGCAAAUUUUAAGUUCCGAUACUACAUUGAUAGCCUAAGUUUGUUCCUACCAGCAGCGUGGUGCGAAUCGUUCUCUUAUCAAAUCCAAGGUGAGCGCAUCUAGAAAGGUGUUAGAGGCUGUUAACUAUAUUUGUUCCCGUGGAAUCGAGCUAACUGUAGUAUGUGCAAGUGGAAUUUUCCCCACUAACUACAUACUUUCAGCCCUAUUUCUUAUUCUCAAAUUAGUUCUAAAACCUUGAUAUGUGUUAUGUUGUAUAAAUUGUAAAUUAUCCUUGUUUGAGUGUAUUCUCAGAGGGACGGAAUACAGUAAAGGACUUUCAUUUCUUAAUAGUGCAGUUUCCCACAGAAACUUUCAUUUGUCCGAUUGUCACAAAAUGCCGCAUUACUUGUUGACAAUCAGCUGUAUUUUACGGCUUAUGCCAACCGUUAGACGGCAGUUAUAACCAACCUUUUGCUGUCGUUAUGAGCUUGUAUACUGGCACGCAUGUUAUUUUCGACGUUGUUAAAAAAGUUUUCCUGUUUCUUCAAGUGCGUUGCAUUCGGCAUUCAACAUGUUUUAGUCCGAUGUCAUAAACUGACACUUCAACAACAAAUGUUGCCAUGUUUAUAUUUCUUUGCAAUACGUAGUAUCAAAUAUCACUCUAUUUUGUAAUUGUUUUUUGUUAAUAGUGUUGCGGAUGAUCACGAAAAUUUUCGAGCCAAUCUUAUAAAUCUGUUAAUUGUAAAUUUUACAAUUUUAAGUGUAGGCAGGAAAAAGACAAAAACUUUUAAGUUAAAUGUGAUUGCAUGUGUGCUUAACAAUAGUGUUAAAUUUAAUUAAAUAAAAUGAAGGCUACUUUGAACAGAGGCAAAUACAGUUUUGGGUAUUGUGCUAUAAGUUUCCUCCAAGGUGCUAAUAGCUUGGGGCAAAAUAAAUUAGCAUUUCUCAGUGUCUGGAUUUUUUUCAUGUUUUAAUUAUUUAUUGUACGACACAUUAAUGUAUUAUUUAUAAUUAGGACAAUUUUUAUCUGUUGUUUUUUGCUAUGUCAAAUGUAGUAAGUUUAUAUAUCAUGUAAACUUGUUUUCUUGUUAUGUGAUAAUAAGAAGCAUGAAACUGUUAAUGGAGGGGCAAUUCUCACUAUAUAAUUGCAUUAAACCCAUCUUGUUUUUAAAAGAUGUUGGUGGGUGUUAGACAGGUGUAGCCCAGGAAGAAAGUUGAAGCCAGUUACACGUAACUUCUUAUACUUAACCCUUUAAGCCCAAAGAUGCACAUACAAAUUCUCCAGACUGAUCUCCAUACAUUUCUUUUAAGAAUAGUUGAGAGAAUUUGGUUUAAGAUGAAAACAUUCUCCCUAUGGUAAUCAAUUUACAAAUUCUCAUAACCUUUACUCUUGUUGAUCUACUGAUGUUGUUAGGAGAAAGUUAAUGUUGGUCACUCUUGGGACCUAAAGGGUUAAAGGAACUGUGUCACGAAAUUUAUCCAAAUACAAAUGGUGGGAACUGCCACCAAGUUGGGUGUAACAUUAACAUAACUGCUCAAAACAUGAAAGGGAGGUAUAAAAAACACAGCAAAUACAAAAGAAAAAAACGGGUGGUCAAACGUGAAGAAGAUUAAAAGGAUUGCAAUUGUGGUUUUUGAAAACUGGUUUGCCUAACAGUUUUUCAAAGCUCAUUUUUGUCGUUUGUAACGUUCGAUAUUAUGCUUGGGAAGACUUGUUUGAAAUGAAACUUUGAUCUUGUCAUUCACAAGACAGUAAUUUCUGAAGUUUCAUAGGGAAUAAGGACACUUAAAAUUGGCAUUAUAUACAAAAUGAACCAGCCAGGUGUAACACAGCCCCUGUUCUACUAUAUUGGAUACAUGUCCAAUCAAUCAUACCUGUAACUCAUUGUACUUCAUCCAAGGUGGAAGAGGGUUGUGUCUAGUAUGGUGGCAUUCGCCAAAGUUAAUUUGGCUGUGUGAAAUACAUGUAAAAUGUAAAGAGUCUCGUACAUUUGUAUCACAAGUAAACAGUAGAUCAUAGAAUAGUAAUUUUUUUUAUUCUAAUCUACAGAAAUUUCACUGUUUCUAAGGCUUUUGCUACUUUUAAGGGACUUUUGCUCAAAAGAAAGAAAAAACUGUCCAAUAUUAUACACAAGCAAAUUGGUGAAGGUAACAUAUGGCAACAUGAGAAAUUAAAUAUGCAAACAUCAUUUCUGUAGAGAGAAAAUAAUCGUUGAGGCAUGGUAUUCAGACAGUUUUCUUUAUAGAGCAUGAUUACCAUAAUAAAAGUAAUGUAACCUGUUACUACUACAAAAGUCUAGUACAUCAAUCAGGAUACAGCCAAAUUACAUGUGAUGUUGUAAUAUUAUUAUUAUUAUUAUUUACUAAGCACUGACACUCUGUCGCCACAUUUUUUUCAACACAUUUAGACUCUGUCCUACAAUUUAUUGCAAUUAUACCAGUAUGUGUAAUUUAAUUGUUAUUUUGUAUGGUAUUGUUUGAAUAUGUUUAUAAAUGUCACAAGUAUUUUUGCACUAUUUCCACACCUUUUCCUAUCAUUACUAUUAUCUAGCUUAUUUUGGCCAGGUUAUGAGGUCCUCUCAGUUAUGCAUUAAGAUGCACCCCAAACUUUUUAACUUGAUUUUGUCAAGUUAACGUAGGCCAAAACACGCUUUCAUAAGGGUUCAGUAUCACUGGUAAAAAAUUUCAGAGAAUUUCAAUAAAGCAUAUGCCGUGAGUGCUUGGAACAGCUUCAAAAACAUCCACAGAGAAUUUCAAAAAGAUUCCUUUAAUGCAUUUUUCUUCCUUUAAAAUGUACUGAUUGCAUAGCAUCAAACAAAAGCAGCCAAUAUAACAAAGUUGGUCAGAAAUAGAUAUGCAAAGGCAUCAUGUAAGUGAAGUACACAGUUUUUAAAGCGCCUACUUGCCUUCACAAUACGGCUAUCAAAAUGAAAGGAAUUUCCACAGUUAACCAGCCACACAAGAGGGAAAAAAUUGCUGGAGUAUCGUGGCAAUAUAUCUAACAGCAAAGGGACAUAAUGAGAAUUGAUAAUUUUUAUGGAAUUUAUUGCAAACUGGUAAGAAUUAAAUUCUGUUGUUUGUGACUCAUUUUGCCCAUUCCUACUUGAAAAAGUGACAGCAGUGUCUUGAUGGACAUUGAUUUGGUCCUAUCUUGGUUUGAAAACUUUGUAUUUCGUGUAAGAAUAAGUUCUGAAUAUAAAUAUAAAUAGAAACUUUUUUGUUACCAGAAGAUAAAUCUUGUCAAAGUUUAACUUGGACAAGAUCUAUCUACUGUAAACAAAACUGAGUUUUCAUUAAACUGCAAAUUUAAUAUAGUUUUUUUUUAUUAGUAUUCUUUAUUAAAAUGUUUAUCCUUAUCAGUAGUCCAUUGUUUCAGUCAUUUAACGUUGUAUAGAGAUGAGAAGUUGUUACUUCACGUUGCCAUUCACACUGUUUCAAACUUCAUCGAUCUUAUUUAAUUUUCUGGGUUAAAUCUGAAAAGACCAUAUCUAAGUUUAGAGAAAGAGAAAGAAAAUUUUUGUGUUGUUUUCACCUAGGUAUUCCAUAAAGCAGGCGUGUGAAAUCAGGAAGUUUCAUGUUGCAGUCGUGCAACAAGAGCUAAGAAAUGUACAAAAGUCUUUUGCCAAUCUAAAUCUAUUGCGUUUUUUCUGUUCAUCGUCGCAAAAACUCCCUAGUUUUGUGAUCCACAAAUUUUGCUACCAUGGUAAUGUUUUACUGGGUAUAAAGGUCCUUACACAUGAAUAAUUUGCAAAGUCUAUUGGACAAUAUGCCCACUGAAAAUUAAUGAGUUUUUGAAGGUUAAAAUCUGAUGCAGUUUUAUUUCAUUUCCUGAAAAUACUUGAUCAUCAGAUGCACCCCAAAAUGAUUAUAACAGGUUAAAUUGAACUAUUAAAGGAAGAUUUUUUUGAAAAAAAUGCUGCACCUUAUAAUUGAAAACAUAUGGUAUAAUGACUGUUCUUGAAUUGGAGAAGACAUGAAGUGAAUGGGUGUCUAAAGCAGCUCCUUAUGAGACUCCUAAUCUCACACUCAUUAAAUUCUCCCUUUUUCACUUGCAAACUGAAGGCAAUUUGAGAGGAGAAUCUAGAAGUUUGUCACACUUCACUUUCUUUCAAGGCUCCCAUUGAACUGAUGCAACUCCUAGUUAUCUCUCUUUUGUCAGCUGUAGAUUUGGUUAGCUUUCUUGAAAUUUUUGGAAAAAAAGAGGAGAUUAUGCUGUUAACUGUAAGGUGCUUGACAGGCUUGUUUUGUUGGUACUUGACUUUUCUUGAAAUUUUCCCUAAAACCCACCACUGCGUAGCAUACAUUAGUUGUACCAGUUAAGAAUAGACUGUUCUCGCAAGUGAAAAAUUGUCCUAAGAUUUCCUGAAAGGACCCAUUGGUACAUUGCCAUUGGGCAUGGCUAGUUCUGGGUGUUGUCUAGCCUGCAGUGCAGGCGUAUUUUGGGUGGGCGAAACCUUGUUCGUGUUUAUAAUAUUUUUGUAGCCACCAUCUUUGAUUUUAUGACAGUGGAAGAUUGGGCAGAACAGAAAUAGUAACUCUUACGGUAGGUGCGAGGGCAAAAGAAGGAAAGGGGGGAGGAGGAGGGGAGAAAAAAAUACGCCUGCCCGAUAUCAUUGUUCUUUUGGGAAACUCCGUAUGCUGGCAAACGGAACUCCUGAUUGGUGCGGCAUAGGGAAGUAGAUUGAUGCCUGUCAAUUAACUGUAAGUCUAUAUUGUUUACUCUGUUUCCGUCAGUCUUUUGCAAUUGGAGCGGCUGGGAGUGUUGCCUGUAUUACGCAAUGAGAAAGUCAAAGCUAUUUCUACACUGGUCAUCAGGACAAGGCUCACAGUACUAAAACCUACACCACUUUUACCUCAUGCCAAAAUGCUGCUUGUUCCAAUAUUUUUUUUGUGGCAAGUAGAUUAUGCUCUUGAGGGUUCUAUGUUUUGACUGAGCAAAUGUGAUUUUAGCCGCUUGUUUCACACUGAGAGGUCCUGACACGCAAAUUGAUUUUCUGUGGUUUUUGAAUUUCUGGUCUUCAAGAGUUGUCCUCUGAUGCAAGAGCAUUUUCUUUGACCUCUUUUGAAGUUUUAAGCUCUUUUUGUAGCUAAAUAAGGCUGUUAGGUUCUUUAUUUUUGUCCAAAGUGCCUCAGGAUCUCAAUAACUGAGCGAUUUUCUUUCUAGUCCGAGAAUGUGAUGUUUUCCUGCAAUGUUGCAUCACACUGGGCCCAGCUUGUUAGUUUUUUAAAGGGUGAUUCCAUGUUGCGGACAUUACAUUCAGAGACUAAAAUUAACAUUUUAAACCCCAAUUUAAAUGUCAAAAUGUUCAACAAGGGUGUUCAAACAUAUGUAGAAAAUACCUUUAGUGUGCCCUUUGCACCUAAUAAAAAGAUGCUGUAGUCAGCUCUAAAGACCUUGAAGGUAUGAGUUGAAGAAAGUGUGUUGCGGACAUUACAUUUCAAACAACCACUUUUUAAAGUAACUUUUUUUAAAGAGAUUUUUCUGUGAAUCAUUGACCUUGAGCAGAAAAUAAUUGUGGUUUUAAAACAUGGCAAUAAUUAAAUUUUUCACCUAUCAAAAAAAAUUCCAUGAAACCUCGUUCCAAUGAUUCUGCAAACAAAAGUUUUGUGUUGCGGACAUUACACAAAAUUGUUGCGGACAUUACAUUUUUGGGAACAUAUUUUUUAUCACUCACUUCCUAGUCAGUGUUGCUGACUGUGGCUAUGUCCAUUUGUUCUGUAGUUACUUGUCUAAGAAUGAAGCUGUAAAAUUAUCAUUUACUUUAUUUAUGUUCUAUUAUAAUAUUAUAUAACGUCCUGCUGAGACCUAGUAUCAUGCAAUACCAGUCAGAUUUUUUUCUGCUAUACUGACUCCUUAAAAUAAUUUCCAAAUUAAUUUUAUUACAUCUCAAGUAAAAAAACGUUCUCAGUAGUGAGGGUAUUAUUUUGUUUUUUACAAAACUGAUAUAGCCACUGAAAUUAUCAUAUUUUGUCAUUCAGUCUGACUUAAAGACAGAGAAGAUGUAAAUUUGCACUAAAAUUGCACAUUGUUCACUACAAAUUAUGUUACAAAUUCUAGUUAAAAAAUAAUACCCAUUCAAGUUUGCGGCAGAAACAAUGAUGGUCAGUGCUUUUCCUCAAAAAGCAUGCUUACAAACUGUUCUGAGCAUGCUCAGCGGUACAAAACCCCUGACCAGCUACUCAUUGGCCAUUUUGGAGUUGCAUAGGGAACUGGGGCAAGUUUCAAAUUUAAACUAAUCGAUAAAUUGACACCACCAUAUAAAAGGUCAUGUUGAGAUUGGUUGGUUGAGCAGGUUUGGUGCUCUAAAGUUGAACAGGGAUCAAGUUAUGACUCUUGAAACACAGUUAAAGAUCCAUACAAAAGUCACUCUGUAAUUUUGUGACAGCGUCCCCCAAAACCAUAUAAACUCUUUAAAAUAUUUUUCUGUUUUUCUGUUAAAGUACUGCAAAGUUCGUCAUGCAUCUAUACUACUUUAUGGAAGGAACUAAUUCGAAAAUCACGAUGUUUGCCCAUUUUCAAGAUUAUCACAGAAAAAAAUUAUUUAGAAUGUUUUUAAUAGUUUGUAAAUUAAAUUCAUUGGACAUUACGGAAAAGCUACCAGCUCUUUUUAAUUUGCCAUUUACAUUUGUACAUCAAUAAAAAGCAAUUUAGAGUUAAGUGGGCUGUUGUCUGAAUCUAAUUCAGAGAUAGUAAGAACUAAACAUCCACAACAGCCUGAAGAAAUGAAAAAUCUAACAUGUGUAAUGUCCGCAACGUCAUGUCCAAAACACUUUUCAACAUGUAAUUUCUGAGCAAAGAAAACCCACCCAGGAAAUGUUUUGAGAUUAAAAUAGAGUAUACAUAAGACUAAGUGAGCAGCAUCAAUAGCACAUGAAAAUACAGCACACUGUGUACAGGAACUGAAAAAAGGUACCUUAACGUUGCGGACAUUACGUAAUGUCCGCAACAAAAAUUCAAUGUCAAUUUUUUUAGGAAAGUGCCAGUAGCUGGAUAAUAAUUUAUAGCCUAAUGAUAGUGUAAGGCAAAGGUUAUAAUACACACAUACUUUUAUGUUAACUGUAUGUUUUCUUAGAUGUUAAAACUUUGUUUAAAAUUUCCUUCCAAAAAUUCCAAAUAUAAUGAGAUUCAAAUUCUCUGGAUUUCAUGCCUUCUCACAUUAAGCACAUGGACGAGACGCACAAGAUCUCAGUAAUUUCAAACAGCCCUUUGUUUCAGCUUUCUGUUGGUUAAGUUUCAUUGUGCAAAAUUUUAUUUUAAAAAAUUCAAAAUUUCAUUGUCUCAUGUGGAAUUGCCCAAAUUGUUUGCAGGAUGUUAAACUCUCACAGAUAGCGAUUUACAAAGAUGAAUUUAGAAGAAUGAAUUGCAGGGUGUUUCUCAUUUUCACAGUGUUUUUGGGCAGGCGUUUUCUCUUCUCUCUCCCUGCCCCCUCCCCGCUCCCUUUGACUUGCCCCAUCUCCUCCUCUCUUCGGUAAGUUUCAAAGUGGUGCUUUCGCGCUCAAAGAAAACGCCUGCACUGCAGGCUAGGUGUUGUCAUGUUUAUGGACCUCUUGCUCACUAUAAAUUACAUCUGGCUCUGGGUAGCAUUCAUUCAGAACUGUAUCGAUAUUUCCUGUGUAUGUUUGAGAAACUGCAUUACUUCGCCUUUCAUAAACAUGCGAACUCUAAAGUUCAAAAGCCGCCUUCACAAUUGCGUCUUUCGCUGCUGUCAAUCAGUAAUAGUUGCAAUCACAAGCAACGAACCUUGAAACACAGAAACACAUAAAACGGAUCGAAAUCCAUCAAUCACAAACCAUGGCCUUUUGAACCUGUUGAAGUAAAGUUUUGUUUCCUAAGAGGUUCGUUAAGAUGGUUGACGGCAGUGAAAAACACAAUCGUCAGUUGGCUUUUGAACUUCAGAAUUCGCACGUUUGUGAAAAGCGCAGUAAGUUGUUGUCUUUUUAGGAUGGGGCAAACUUUAUCAGAGCCAGUGACCACUAAGGAAACCUCAUCAUCUUCAAAUAAGUAUUACAAAGUGGGCUCAUCUUGUAUGCAGGGAUGGAGAAUAAGUAUCCUUUAAAACUACAGUCUUGUUGCUAAGGGGCAACAUAACUGCUUAUUGAAACAUCUCAUUAAAUGUGGCCCUCCACAGGCAAAUAGGUAAAAAGUUGGUUGCAUAGAUUCAGUAUACUUACUAGCAUGUCACAAUAUCACACAUAUUUUUUUGCAGUCAAAUGGUAUCAUUCAUUGCUACCGACAUUGAAUCCUAUUCAGGACUACGCUCACAAGAAUAAUCAAAAUAAUUCUCUCAAUAGCUUUUAGCCCGCAGAAGGGGGGGGGUACUUCCUUACAUAAGCUAUAUAGGUAUGUGCCGCCCCAUCGGGUAGGGUUUUUGCGCCGUUUUUGUCUGAAACAGGUACAGACUUUGAAUAUGUUGGUCUGGAAUCAGAUAUGGUUUUCAAGGGAACUACAGGAAUGUAUGAACGUAUUUAUGGUUUCAAUUCCCAAUAAAUAAAAAUGAAACAGAAAUGUGCAAUUUCAAAACGCCUUUGAAGAAUAUUUUUGUUUGCACUCUUAAUCUACAUGUAAGUAAUGAUGACAAUUUCUUUCUAAAGGCCAGGUCUGAAAACAGGUCUGGAUUUUAGAGGUCUGGUCAGAAAAUGGAUGUGGAAAAUGACAUCUUUUGGUCUGACAUAGGGUCUGGAUUUGAUGAACCGGGCAGCACACCCCCACCAAGAAUUCCCAGGAGUAUUCCCCUAGGGUUUUUAGAUGCAUGCACAUAUCAUGAUAAGUAAGAUGUCCUUAUAUGAGUAAAUCCUUAAUUCUCUUGAUCAGACAUGGAAGAUUCACACACAGAGAUUUUGUCUCUCAAGGAAGACAAAGGCACUGCUUUCUUUGGAGUCUAUGAUGGGCAUGGAGGUUUGUCAUAGAUCAAGACUUAAAGUCAACUACAGGGAUUCUCAAAUCCUGUCUUCCUGUCUAUUUUUUCUUGUUAAUACCACUAUCCUGCCCUUCUUUACUACUAAAUCCCAUUCCUGCCCAAAUGUUGUCAAAAGUUUAUUUGUUUAAUAAGACUAACCUUAUGCAUGUUACGCUAUGCUUUGAUGUUUGAGGCUCUCAACAUUGUCACUAGUGACUGAUCAUAUCUUCAAGAUAAUGAUCACUAAAUUUCUGAGGUACAUCUCUAUUAAAGGACUUGCUUGUAAGAGCAAAAAUUCGAUUUGACUGGCUUUGAUAACAGUGAAUGUAACGCCAUCACAGAAACCACCGAUAGGUAGGCCAUGUAGGCCUAUCUUUGGCUUUCUCUAAAUGCAGUCACAGCAAAAAUUCCUGUAUCCUGCUAAUUUUACAUUACAAUUCUCGCAUUCUAACCCCCCAAAAACAGAAAAUCCUGCUCCUGGUCAUUAUUGAAAUUCCUACUUUCGGCUCCUGUUUUUAGCCCAUAUCCCAAGCAUCACCAUGAAAUAGAGCCAAAUCCCACUCCCACCAACCCUAUUGUGGACCCCCAAGAUUGUUGUCACGGAAAUUUUCAAAGUGCCAGGAAUGCCAGGAAUGCAAGGAAAUCAUUCUUUUUCCCCGUACAUCAGUGGGGCACACAAGUUUAUCUGUUAUUGUGCACAUAAGCAGUCAGAAACGUGCUCCCCCCUAGCCCAUCCGCUGUUAUUCAGCCAUUUCAGUUUAGGCAGUUCAACUUAGAGUUUAUGAGAUUUCAUCAGAUUUUUAACAACUCCAAACUACACACCAAAGAGCUUGAAUUUGCUUCUUAGAACCAAUUCAAUAAAAUGUGUGUUUUGAUUGGCUCCAAUAGUACCCAAUUAUUGGCCGAAAAUGGUGCUAAUGCAGGGAGAAAUUUGCACAAUUUGCCUCUUGACAUUAUCUCAGGCACCAAAUGAAAAAUGAAGUAAAAAUUACCAGUUUAACAUGCUAUUAUUUAAGUGUCAUGGCUUUAUCUGGUAUGUGUAGUAAUGGCU